UAUUUUGAGAUUUUCUCUUUCGCUGUGUGCAAUUCUCAAUUUGUUUUUGUUGGGGAGUUUUUCUUUUCCUUGCUCUCUUGUAUGAGAGUGGGUGAAAUUCCCUUAAAGUGGUUUUCUCCCGUUUUUCUCUCUUUCGCUCUCUUGAAAGGAAAAUUCUCUGUGUGGUGAUCGUGACCGAUUGCGCCGUGGCAGUUGUGUGGCGUUUUUUUUUCCCAACCCCGUGAGUGGGGUGAGCAAGUGGAGCCACCUCAGUGAGUGUGUGACCGGUCGUGUGCCUCGACGCUGAUUUUUUCCCUACGUUUCGUUGAGUAGAGAACAUUUUUGUGGGAAAAUUGUUUUGAAACAAAAGACCCCAAAUCAUGUCAGUGGUCUCUGCGGAGGUUUCACGUUAAAACGUAUUGAAAAUUCGAAACGAAAACGCGCAUACCCCUCAAAAACAAAAAAAUUAACAAAAAUUAAAGAAAAAAAAAACAAAUAAUCAAAAUUUUUGUGUUCUGCUUAGAAAUUGCAGGGAAAUUCCAAUUGAAUUUUCCAUAACGAAUACUGGUGGCAAUUUAUGUUAAAUAUUUUAUUUUUAUAAUUUUGAAAAUAAAUUCAAAUUCAACGAAAUGUUGCAAAAGAUAGCCAAGAAAAAUGCAUAGAAAUUAAUUUAAAUUUAAUUUCCCAAACGAAUUUCUUUGAAAAUUCACGUGAAAAACGUGCAAAUCGUUUUAAUCAAACAUACCAUGUGCAAAAUUCCCAUAAAUUAAGCAAAAAUAUAUAGAAUACAAUAUUAAAAAAAAUUGAAAAAAAAAAUAAUAAAAAUGUAUAUAAAACAAAAUGUGUAAUUUUUUCAAACGCAUAAAAUUUUAAAUAUUUUUCUUUGUCGAAAAAAAAAUAGCAAAAGAAGAAAAAUAAUGAAAAAGCCAAAAACGCCAUUUCUUUUCAAUAAAACAUUCCAAGUGUUAAAGUUUUAGAUAAAAAAAAAUAGGAAAAUUUUACCCAGAGAGAAAAAAAAAUUGGAAAUGUGUUAAAAGUGUGGUAGUGCGUUCGUUACCCGGUUUGUUGUGCCAAUAUCUCUAAAAUAAGUGUUAUUUUGAAGUGCCUUCCCCUCCACCUCCUUCAAAUUCGGUGCUCCAUAAAUUUUGCCAACUGUGUUGUGUUGUUAUUGUUGUUUGGGGUGCUUUUAUUUGAUAUUCUUCAAGUGUUGUGCUCUAAUGUUGUUAAAAUUUUAAAGCAAAGUACUUAGCCUUUGCUGCUGUGUGGGCCUUCUCGGAGGAGGACCAUGCCGGUCAUUGCCGAUUCUGAUGAACCGCCAGCAAAAUGUUGCAAAUAUUGUGAGGGUAUGUUGUCCGUUCACAAUGUUGUACAUAGUUUGGAGUCUACGCACGGCGUGGACGGGCCUGCAUCGUGGCGUUUAACGCUCGAUCAGGAUCUUAUUGACACGCUCAAGGGCAGUUUCCCCAGUUGGUUUCAGCAGACGUCGACAGGUGCCAUUGGCACAACAACGGUUGUCGGUAACAGCAGCGGUAGCUGCAGUAGUGCCGCCACCAAACUUUUGACCACCACAGCCAAUCACAUAAAUCGCACGAAGACAUAUAACUACAACAACAAUACCAUUACCAUCAACAGCAAUUAUCGCCGUAACCAUCACAGCUAUCACUAUCCGAGUAUCCUCAACAAUACCAAUAAGAAUAGCACCAGCAACAACCACGUGAAUAAAAUUCUCAACGGCAAUAACAUCAACGGUCUUACCAUUACCACGACCACCGCUACAUCGAACGCCAACCGCAACAACAUCACACCCAACGGCAGCAUAAAUCUGCUGAAUAAUACAAUUUGUGUGACCCCCAUCACGAUUGAUACGAGCGGCGGUUAUUUGCAUACCUCGUCGUCAUCCACGGGUCAUCAUAAUUUUCUUAGCAACCAAAAUACACUCCAUUUGCAUCAGUUGAACGGGACCAGUCUGCUAGCCAACGCCUGUUCUUCCCUGUCAUCUUCGUCAGCAUCGCCAGCAUCAAGUGUGACCUCUAACUGUUCGGGUAAUUCACAUUCAACGAUCUCAUCGAAAAAUUCCCAAAGCUCCACAAGCCACCAACGCCAACAACAGCAGCAGCAUCAGCAACAAGUAGUAGUGGUGGGAGGAAAUAGCGCAGGAGUAGUAGUAGCAGCAACAAACAACGUUAGUGGUUGUGUUAGUCAAACUAUUUCCAACUCUAAGCCACCAAUUUUGAUAAACAAAUCCAACCAUUCAUCAUCAUCUUCCAGUUCAUCGUCGUCUUCGUCGUCGUCCUCAUCGUCAUCCUCUUCGUCCUGCUCGUCGUCAUCCUCCACGUCCCGCUCAUCUUUGUCUUCGUCAGCAGCCAGCAAAUCGAAGGCAUCUGUCUCUACCGCAGUCUCAACGAAAAAAUCCUCAAAUCCUCCAAUAAAGACACCGAAAAUCUCCAACAACACCUCCACACUUGCCAAAUCGUUGCCAAGCACCAGCAUAACCGUGACAACAACAACAGCAGCAGGUGCAACCGUCAAUAGUGUCACUCUGAAACCCAUAACCACAGUAUCGACACCGACACCAACUCCUGUGGCACCACCCCUACCCGCCCACAUACCCAGCGCUGUGGGAGCGACAACAAUUACCCGUGUAAUUCCAAAAUCACCAUCAUUGCAUAGCCUCAGUGGUGGUUCGUUACUUGCAACAUUCUCAUCACCCGGUUCGGCAACAACGUUCGAACUUAUAUCGGAUUCUUCGUGCAACGGCCUAUUGAACGCCACCCAUCUCAGUGGCAAGGCAGCCUUUGAGCAGACAUUUCAAGACGUCAUAUUAUUACAGGAAGCCUACGACGAUAUGUCAGAGGGCGAACAACGUUUAAAUGCAUCAUUUCUGGGAGGAGGCAUCAGCAGCAGUGAUGACGCCACAAAUUCCGAUUUUUAUGAUCCACGGCAAUCGCCGCCCAAGGCAAUUGUCGAUUCCAGUCCCCUGCAGCCACAAAUGGAUAAAAACAAAGAAUCACUCAAAGUGAAAUUGAUGGUGCGAAGACCCCACUCCCAGCUGGUGGAACAAGGCAUCAUACCACCUUUGAAAACUUCUCCCGCUAUCCAUGAACAAUGCAAACAAUUGGAGCGUGCCAAAACAAGUGACUUACUAAAGGCCAAAAUCCAACAGAGACCCAAUCGUGAAGACCUAGAACGUCGCCACAUUCUCGAGGAGGAUGAAUGCCAUAUCGAUCCCAGUCUGGCGGAAAAACAGCGUAUGCUUAAAAAGGCCCGCCUGGCAGAUCAAUUAAAUUCCCAGAUACAACAUCGCCCCGGGCCACUGGAAUUGAUCAAAAAGAAUAUUCUACACACCGAAAAGCCCAUUGAGAAAAUUGUCAAAGAGGGUUUGGUCACCUUUAAGGCAACCAGUGAGGGGUUACUAACACGGCCACAACAUCCCAAUAGUUAUGUUACCUACGAUGAUGAUUCCCAGUCAUCGGAAAGUGAUACCCGCCAGACUCCACCACGUUUGGAGGGAGCUGAGGGUGUGGUGGGCACUGUUGCCAGCAGUGCUACUAGUCAAGCGGCUGGCAGUGAUGUUCUACAGGCGGCUGCAGCCUCGGCGGGAAUUGUUACGGUGGCCCUGACCAUACCAACAAGUGGGGGCCAGGUUACAGUUACCUCGGCUGGACCCUCUCUGGUACAGAAUAAAAUUGGUAAUACCACUAAACUUAAUUACAUACCUCCGCCACCACCUCCACCCUUACCAUCAAACAACAAUAACAAUGCGGGUAUUACCGUCAAACAGGAGACCUCAAAUCUUUUCGAAGAGCUUUGCCAAUCGGUGACAGGAACAGCCACCAAUAAUCACUACAUCCCCAUGGUCUCCUCGCCGGGAUCAUUGGCAUCUUCCACAUCCACUCUCAGUCCAUUGUCUUCGAUUGCCUCGCCACCUUUGAGCCUCACCCCGAGACCAUUGGCCCAAUCUCCCGCCUUGCAAAUUGCCAAAUCUGAUGCUCCCGGAAAGGAUAAAAAUCGUAAAAAAUCCAAAUCGAAACCCGUUUCCAAAGCCAGAACCAUAAAAUUCCAUGAAUAUAAGGGGCCACCCAGUGCGGCCCAUAAGCUAACCUCGGAGGCGACCAGCAGCAGUAGCACCGAAGAGACAUCAUAUCAGCUGAUGUUGGAACAGCAAAACUGUCUACUGAAAUUCCUGGAGACAUUGAAUAAAAAUCAGGCCAUAAUACCCACAACAAGUACCACGGCCACGAGCAAUACUGCAGCCUCGAGCUCGGCAGCAGGUUCCAAUAAUGUUGGCAAAUCAAAUGCCAUGACAAAUACAACUGGAACAUUAACAUUGACAUCAUCCACCGGAUCAUCAAUGCCAGCUGGGGUCACCGUUACCAAUAUCAGUAGUGGCCAUAACACGCCCACUCCCAUGCAAGUUGAAGUGCCAAUGCAAUCCGCCAACAACACCAUUUCCAUUGUUACAGCACCCCGACCACCACCGCUUCCCUCACCCGCCCCCUCAGUGGGUUCUUCCAUACCGGCGAGUCCAGCCACAAGCAAUGCUGAGCUGUGCUCAUCAACAACAACUGCUACAAUCACAGAUUUCACAAAACUUGAAAAAAUGAAAGUUUGCGAUUUAAAAAUGCAUUUGAAGAAACGCAAUCUUCCCGUUUCGGGACCCAAACCCCAGUUGAUUGAACGUUUGAAACCAUAUUUGCCAUUGGAACCACUAGAUUCCCAAUCCGCCACACCCAUGGCCACGGGAUCUGCUGAUAGCAGUGUGGCCGGCCAAAACUCUGGCACCUCGGCUGGUGAUGCCAUGGAUCAAACGGAACAUAAUUCACCAAAACCCUCAUCCACCACAACAGAUAAACCACCCCAGCUGGAGCAGGAACAAAUGGAUGUGGUGCAACAGGUGGAUUCACCCAAACCGGUUGCCUUGCAGACCAUUGUCCAGCCACAGCCACAAACGGCCACCAUUAUACUCAGCAAUGAGGAGCUAUUGAGAGAACAGCAACGUAAAAUCGAUGAGCUGCAGAGACAAUUGCAAAGAUCCCAGCAGGAGUUGCUGGAAAUACGGCAAAAACAACAACAGCAACAACAGUUACAACAACAGCAGCAGCAGCAACAACAGCUAGUACAACAAAAGCUAUUACAACCCACGUUCCAGCAACAAGCGGUCUCUGCACAGGUGGUAAAUACUCUGCCCACUCAGCAAAUAACCUUGAUUACCACCACCACCUCCGCGACCAAACAGCCAACGCAGCAGACCAUGACAGCACCACAAACAUUGGCCGUAAUCCAGCCACAUCUAAAAGAGAGUGUUGUGCCGGCCAAGGUCACAGUAAAAGCCUCACCGGCCACCAUAAAGCCAGUGCCGAUGCCAGCACCAUUGGUGGGCAAUAAAAAGUCAACUACAACAACAAAUACAACAAACAUUGGCAACAGCACCACGGUGACUGCUCCCGUAAUGACCCAAAAAAUGGUGGUCAAGCAGCAGCUGGAGGCAAAGAUUCAGAAACAAAAGCAGGCUGCCGCGGCGGCAGCAGCCGCUGCUCAGGCUCAAGCCCAGGCUCAGGCCCAAGCACAGGCUCAAGCUCAGGUUUUGGCUCAAGUUCAGGCCCAGGCAUUGGCCCAAGCCCAGGCCCAAGCUCAAUUACGCCUUCUCACACAAAAGACACAAACUGUACUCAUUCCAACCGGAUCGACGACCAUUACCACAACGGCUGUGCCCACGAAAUUGGACGACAACAAGUCGAUGACAAAUAUGAAAAUGAAAAAUCAACAGAACACAACGCAUCUCAUCAAGGCGGCUCCGCUGAACUCGGCUGCGCCCUCCACGGCCACGGCCACUCUUGUUGCGGCCAAUCAAUUGCCGCUAACAAAGACCCACAAUAAUUUGGGUUUGGUGUGGAACGAAUGUAAUCAGACCAUAUUUUUGGUCGGACUCAAUGAUCAGCACAUGACCGCCCAUACCAUUGGCAAUAUCAGUUUGGCCAAUGCCUCGCCAGCCACCAAGAAAUUGAUAAAUGGACAUCAGCGUACAAAUUCACUGCCCAGUAUUGUGUUUCCAAUAAAUACAGGUGGUGGAGCGGCCGUGGCGGCUGGCAUGCAAUCAAUGAUGGAAACCAAGCCGGUUAUAACCCCACAACAAUUGCAGAAAAUGCAAAUACGCCAGCAGCAGCCACAACAACAACCACAGGCUGGGUCUUCGAAUGUCCAGCAGCAGCAACAGAUUAUACAUUUGGACAUCAAGCCACAAAAUUUACAGCCACCACCACCACCUCCUCCUCCACCGCCACAAUACGAGGAAGCCACCAAACAAUUAAAAGCGAAACAACAACAACAACAACAGCAGCAACAACAACAGAAUUCAAUAAAUCCCUCCUUAAUGAAAAUCAAAGAAGAGCCCAGCCAAUCUACCAUCAAUCAAAUAACCCUAAGUCCCUUGGCCACCACUCAAGGCGAUCAAAAGCCCCUAAAGGCCCCCAUCAAAUCGGAAAAACUUGCCGAUGUUUUGGACAUAUUUUUCAAACAAAGCAGCGACGGAGCUGGCGGCGCAGAUAAUUCUUUGGUAGUAGAGCCAAUAACGCCAACAACAAGUAUGCCCAUGACACCAGGUGGUGGCAAUGCCUUGAUGCAUGAAUUCAAUGAAAGUCUAAUGUUCUCCACCGGAACAGGAGUAGACAAUAAAGAUAGUAUCAAACAGGAAACUAUUAACAUUGAUGGCGUUAAGGAUGAUAAGCUGGCCGUGCAGGAACCAAUGGUGGUUGUGGCCGGGGGAAAUGGAAAUGACAAAGGCGAGCAAUUGACAUUGGAUAGUGGCAUGAAACCAAUGGCAAUGGAUUGUGCAGAUUCCCAGCAAAAUAACAAUAAUAACAAUAACAGCAACAACAACAACAAAAGCAUUGGCAACGCCCUCAAUACAAAUGCAAAUGAGACCAAUUCUAUUUUUGACUUUUAUACCAAGUCCUCAUCCUCAAGUGUGACCACCGAGGAUAACAACAACUCGGCUAGCAACAAUGGCAACAACAACAGUAACAACAAUAAUAAUAAUAAUAACAGUAAUUUUAUUGAAAAUAUUGAUAUGACCUCACCCAUACAACCAGAUUGUCACAUCGAUGCUGAGAGUGUUUCCAAGACAUUGGAUAUCUUCCUGGAGAGUCAUCAUCAUAAUUUACAGCAGCAACAGACCAAUACCAACCCAUGCAUCCAUCAUCAGUCAUCGCCCACACAUCAUGAUAUGUUAAGCAAAACGUGUCUGGAUGAGCAACGAGCAACAUCCUCCCUGCACACCAACGACGAGGAGGAGGCCAAACUAAAUCAUUUCGAUGAAUUUGAAUUAUUGGAAUUAAUGUCCCAGCAAUUGGAGAUGGACAUUGGUGAGGACACGAACACCAACUUUCAAGACUCGUUACUCAAAUGUGCCAACAGUAACAGUGCAGUGAACAUGCAACAGCAGGCGACCCAUGGCCAAUCAAUCAACGCCAAUCACCCUGACCACAAUCACCACCACAACCACCACCAUCAACAGCAACAGCAUUCCAAUGAGAAAUUAAAUAUUUUAAAUAGCUUACGACGUGACAUGAAUCCCAGUCUACAGCCAUCCAUAGAGGAGAUAAUGCAAAAUCACAAUGGCCUCAAUUUGGAGGGGAAUCCGAAUCAUAUGCACUCUACGACGACAUCCAUGACAUCAUCGGCCAACAGGGAUGUACAAAAUGUCCUUGAUGAUUUCGAUGCCGAUACAUUUGUAAGACAUUUGGCGGAGCAGCAUCAUCAUCAGCAUCACCAUUCAGGAGAGCAGCAACAGCAUGAACAACAUCAUCUGCAUAAUAUUGUAAACAACAACAACAACACUGGUGGCAUGCACCAUAACACCACAGAUGCCACACCCAUGGAUUGUGAUGACUUUGAUAAUCCAUUGAGUGGUUUUAAUUUCUCAGCCUUAUCGCCGGAUUCGAAUAUUAAUACACCACCACAUCCAUUUGGUAUGAAUGGCAAUGUAACACCACCGCCACCACACUCAUCCAGGUCAUUGUCAACAUCUUCGUCGACGACGCCGGCAAUAGGAAAUUGUGGUCUACAAGCAUCUUUAAGCUCCUCGGGAACCCAGCCGCAGCACCAGCAACAGUGUCAUGAACAAAUGUCCAUUUGCAACAAUUCCAAUACAGCCACCAGCACCACCAGCAGCAAUGGCAGCCUUAGUAAUAGCAACAAUAUUUUGGCCAAUAGCGGUUGCAGUGACAUGCUAUCAUCCCACAGUGACACCAACACCACCAAUGCCAAUGAUGCAUUUGGCGGCGGAACCUCGACAACGGAUAUCUUUGAUUUAUUUAAUAUCGAUGAUUAUAAAAUGUCCUGGGGUGAAGGUGAUUUUGCGGUUUAAUUAGAAGUAGAGAUGUGGAACAGCAGUUGGAUGGUGUGUAAAAUAAUUACAGAUAUGGAUGGUCUCACAAAAGAAGCGGUAUAUACACACACACAUACAGGCGUAUGUCAUUUAGAUGUGUUUGUGUGUAACGCAUUAUAAAUAGUAAUUACAUUUUAUUUGACAUGAGGAAGGGAUGCUGAGGAAAUUUUGUUGUUUUCCAAAGAGAAACGGUUGCGGUUUGCUUGGAGUUAGAAUUGAAAAUUUUUCAAUAGGGUUAGCGCAAGAUUUU